AUCAAGUAGAUCGCGGCUGGCAAUGUAGGCGCGCGAAAGCGCUAGGGAGCGCGAGCGGUAACUUUGUAGGGCGACGCGCUCGCAUCGACGUCUGCUCCUCGGCGUCUCCUCACCACUGAGCUCAUCACUGAGUCGCCGAAACUCAUCCGCGCAUAGGACAGCAGCUUCCAAUAUCAUUUCCGCUGACAUUCGUCGUGGAUGUAAGGAAAAAAAAAGUUCGACGAGAGGACUUCCGACGGGAAAGUGUGUUGUGGCAAUACCAGAAGGAGCAGAAGUUCUUCGAUAACAAAUAGCAGACGGCUUUCAAGUUGCCCGGAACUGGAGGUUUCCGGCUAAUAAAGGACGCGAACUUGUGACGUCACGCUCUCUACUUUUCUGAAGACACGGGUCAAGCAUAUUGCAAGAAGAGAGUUUGGGACUGCGAAUCACGAACUGUGCCUCUCGGUUUCUCUAUGUAUUCGUCACCCUGACGAGGUGUCACAUGGAAGCUGCCCAUAAAAGCGACAAGAGCUAACGGUGGGACAAAAAGAAAAGAAAAAACAAAUCAGCUGGACAUUAAACGAUCAUGGAGGAAGCCGUGACAGUUCUGCGGUCAACGACCUCGCCCUACGCGCCGAACGGUAGCGACAACGCCCUUCUGAUCCCUCCCGCUGCCAAACUGCCAGCGAAUCCACUGGCGGCACUGACCUCCUUUCUGACCCUACUGGCGCAAAAUACGUUAUUGGGCAUCCUCACCGCGGCACCUUGCAAUGGAACUGCUGGACCAUGUCAGGCAGGAGUGAGCGAAAACUUAUCCAGCUCCACGUUCCUGAACCGCCAGGAACACGCCGAGUACGACAGUGACGGAGACACCAAGACGGUGGAAGAGGUGCUCGCCAUCGCCGUGCCCAUACUGUUCGGCGCCAUCGCCGUGAUCGGGUUCUUCGGCAACGCUCUCGUGGUUCUCGUCGUUCUCUGCGACCCGCAAAUGCGCUCGACCACGAACAACCUCAUCAUCAACCUCGCCAUGGCCGACCUGCUCUUCAUCGUCUUCUGCGUCCCCUUCACCGGUUGGGACUACACCCUCAACUACUGGCCGUUCGGCGACGCCUGGUGUCGGAUCGUCCAGUACCUCGUCAUCGUGUGCGCGUACGCCAGCAUCUACACGCUGGUCCUGAUGUCCCUGGACAGGUUCCUCGCCGUCGUCCAUCCCAUCACCUCCAUGUCCAUAAGGACCGAGAGGAACGCCAACCUGGCCAUACUCUUCACCUGGGUCGUCAUCCUGGCCGCCUGCGUGCCGGCGCUCUUCGCCCACGGGGUCGUGCUCAUCGAGGACUCCUACUCGGCCUGCACCUUCCGCACCGACAUGGGGUACAACAUAGUCGCCUUCCAGAUAUCCUUCUUCAUGUCGUCGUUCGUCGUCCCCUUGGCCAUCGUGUUCGUGCUGUAUCUCCUGAUGCUGAAGAGGCUGUGGCUCGCCGCCGCUCCCGGAGGCCGCAUCAGCGCCGAGAGCAUGCGCUCCAAGAAGCGAGUCACCCGGCUCGUCGUGGUCGUCGUGGUGGUGUUCGCGCUGUGCUGGUGUCCGGUGCAGGUGGUGCUGGUGCUGAAGAGCGUCGACCUGUACGGCAGGACGAUGAACGCGCCGCGCAUCGUGGUCCAGAUCGCGUCGCAGAUCCUCGCCUACACCAACUCGUGCGUGAAUCCGUUCCUGUACGCGUUCCUCUCGGACAACUUCCGCAAGAGCUUCCGCAAGGUGAUCUGCUGCGGUCGCAAGGCGUCGCACGUCGGCGGGUCGUCGUCGUGCAAGGGCCGAUCGCGCGCCAUCGCCGACGAAGCUGAGAGAACGAGGAAGGAGAGCUCGGCCGCCUGCGUCGCGAAACUGUCCAAGGUGUCCAACGACAUACUGUGAACGUUGUGAGGAGUGAUCCUGAUUGACAGGACCGUCAUGUAUAGGGACUCGUCGCUGGCAAAGAGUCUGGCGCACUUUAUUGCACAUUUUAGCCAUGCGGAAAAAAAGCGGACACUACAAAGAGAAUUCUCCAAGCGUAAGCGCUAGAAGGGCUUCUGGCGCUCAAUCUUGUGUUUGUGUCCUGACCUCUACGUGGUGUUUGUUUUUGGUCGGUUGCAGAGAAUGUUCAGGACCGUCACACGUGCAAGCAAUCAUGCAGAAAACAGAGAAGACAAUAGGACUCUCAUUACAGCUCACCGAAAGUAAUUAGUUUUCUCCAGUAGUCGCUUGGCAUGUAAGGGUUCAUUAAGGAAGCAUUCUUUCUCGUGGAUGUGUGGUGGUGUUUUGAGCCCAUUUCGUGCGUGAUAAAGUUGCCAAAAUGGACCACGACACGCACUGAAGGCGGAGGCGGCCAUCGAGAUGUGUCAUUCAACUCCGUAAAGCGUCCGUUAGGAUGUCGUGCUUUCGAGAAUGAAGGAAUAGCGAUGAGUGUAACAGUCAGUAGGCAACUUUAAACUUAAUAAUCGCCCAUUUUUUGCGACAGUUAGAAGAACCCCACUUCUGGACAUAUUCAUUGAAUUAGUGCCUGUUGCCUGCAAGAAAAGCAAUUCUUAUUGACCGAUAGUAAUUGCGGAAUACCAGACAACCGCGUACACUUGUCGAGUUAAGAAUUUACCCAAAUCGAGUUGUCGAAGAAGUGAACCCUUAAACGUAACGCGCGCCAUCCUGGCUUCAUUGUUUACUAGACUGCUGCUCAACACUUCGUCAAUCAUCCAUUAAAGGAAAGCAAGUAUUGUAAUGCGCUUUUUGCUAGUAUGCUCCGAUGUUUCCGGGCGUUGUGAGGUCAACUCAAGCCACUUGUCACAGUUGUGGUAAGAAUGUGCAACCUUCUCUUUUUGGUUUCACCACAGAAGAUGUAAAAAAGAUACGAGAACUACUAUUCAUUCACGGUAGGUUACAGCGCUGAGAACAAAGCGUAAAAAGAAGGCAUGCGCACGUGGUACUUCUUUCGGUGGGGUUACUUUUUUUGUUUGGAUCACAGCACGCGUCAUCUGAAUGCAAGCGGUAAAUCGAAAUACACUUUGCUGAUAAAUAGCGCUAAUUCUAUUCAUAACGUAGGGCUACGCGUAUUGUGAAACACAAACGGAACUGCGAAUGCAUCGAUAAAGCUAGAGAUUACGUGAAAUUGUCUUCAAGCCUGCUAAAUAUUUACGUUGUUCCAAGAGUAACAGGUUAUUUUCUUUUUGUUGCAAUAGUAACUAUGAGAAACAAAAUAGAAAGGGCAACCUGAUACAGUCACGGUGAGAUUUAGGUACUUGAAACUAGGCUGGUUCAAAUGGUAUUUUUCAACGUGUUUUGAUUAAUAUGGUGUAAAAAACUUGAGACCACACGAAGAAGCGGCGAAACAGGAAUUUUUCGUCCUGUUGUUUCCUGUCCAUUAGGAAUUCUUAUCAGGGAUUCCUAGCUAGGUUGUUUUUUGCAGCGAAGCUGUUCACCUGACAAAUUCGUAUGAAUGAGCCGUAUGCGUGGUUUCGUAAGGGGGCGAUCUGGGCUGGCUAACGUCCGUAAAGUGAACAAAAAAGAUGGCGGCGCUGCGUGGUCUCGUAAGAGGGGGGUGGAGGUUAUCUGGGCUGGCUAACGUAAAGCCCCUUAAACUUCGGAGAGUUGCGACAUUCUCCUUCUCCUCCUUCCCUCCUGCUCCUUUUCUCGUCUCUUUCACGCUCCUUCCUCGACCGCGGCGCCGCCUACACUGCUGGAGCGUAGCAACGCCGCCAACAUGCGCUCUUCUCCUCUCCGUAGACGCUGCUCGAGCAAAAGUGGCGCUGAUGGACGGCACGAGGACCCACGUGAGGCUAUUAGGCCAAUAGCGACGCGGCGUCGUCCUCGCCCAGAGCGCGCGAGGAGGAGGCGGCAUUCUUAAUAGCAUGGCACUACUUUACGAAGUUUAAGGGGCUUUAGGCUAACGUGCGUAAAGUGAACAAAAAACAUGGCGGCGCGAGCGCCGAAUACGCAGAACAAACGAUAGCAUGGCGCAAAAGAAAGAGAGCUCACGUGAUCUCACCGCGUGCGCCGCAGCUGAGGAGUGGGGAAUGCACCUGCAACGGCCGCUAUUGCUAUGGGCUGCGUCUCCUGUCGUCUCCCCUGAAUGCAAUGGCGCGACAGUUGGGGUGGGAAGACACGUGGAUGUGCGCCGCGGUAGUCGCCGCGGUGUCUACGAACCGUAUGAUCACUGUAGAGGUAGGCCAUCGCAACAGUUGCAACUCCAACAGAACUGGGAAAAGUGGGAAGACCACGCAUUAUGCGCAUGGCCAAAGAAAAAAUGGCUGUGGCUUAGCUAAGGUUAAGCCCAGGAUGCGAAGCAUACUAGCCUUUAUUUUAGUUGUUGAACCACUGUUUAGCCUGGUGAACUGCUGUUGCUUGGCUAUAUUUGGUUCGGCUAGACGAAGAAACAACUCAUGCGUUACUCUGCUUCGCCUUCAAGAGUGGAACGCUACAGCGUUCCCGUCGACCCGCCAAGGGGUGUAAGACAAUGGGCUCCGGCGCAGCGACUACGCGCCCCGCAUUGGACGCGGUGAGCGUCGAGCAACGCAGCGUUCGGCGCGACAACGAAAUGUGCGCCUGAGCAAGCGACGCACGCCUGAGCCUUAGAAACAGCUCGUUUCUAAGGCAACACCGCAUUCACUAGAGGCGCUUUUGUACCGCUUUGAAGCAUCGUACUCGCGGCUCAGUGGUAGCGUCUCCGUCUCACACUCCGGAGACCCUGGUUCGAUUCCCACCCAGCCCAUCUUGCAAGAGUUGAGCCAAAGCCACCUAGAAACAAGCGCAGCUGCUUAUAUACCGCCGCGACGCCGCGAGCUACGGCGCGAGUUGGAGCCCCGUUUCUCCUCUGGCGUGACGUCACGGUGUCCCGUGGUCAGCCUUGAAGGCGACGGCGCGAGUUGGAGCCCCGUUUCUCCUCUGUCGUGACGUCACGGUGUCACGUGGUAUUGAAGGCGACACCGCCGCGCCUGAGGAGCUGGGUUGAGCUCUAGUAAUAUGCUUCGCAUAAAAGCCGAGCAGGAGGAGAGAGCCCAAUCGUCGAGCACGAGCUCCCGAUGAAGAUCGCGCACUGGAGGCCCGUCGUAAGCGUCCAGCUAUGUUGUUCUAGUAUGCGUCCAAGUGGCAGAAGUGCGAGUCGCCGCCUGCUCGUAGUUUCACCGAGGCGAAUUCCAAAUUGAGGGGAUUGUUUCUGGACGCGGAGUUUGGCCAUAGUUGCUCGGUCUGUGAUCGACAGCUUCGCUGGCUAAUCCGUCACCAUAUGAAUGGUUGGGCCCGAAAUUUUUUGUUUAUAUGAUGUAGUUUUUUUUCAACCAUAAGAAGCCACUGCAACGCAUUACCCGAGGCGAAAGUUGCACACCAAGUAAAAUAAAAGAACGCCAUUUUUCUUUUAAAUAGUGCCCUCGGCGUUGAUGGCUUAAGAAACUGAGUUAGGGUGAUCAUAACUCAGGAAGCAAGAUUUUUAAAAAAGCACUAUUUCCCCCGAACAAGGCAUUGAAGAAAGAGCAAUCUCAUUAGACAGCUGUUUUUUUUUUUUAGCAAUCUUUCAUGAAAAGAACAUGAGCGGCCUGGGCCCGAUUUCACGCUUGCCGCCAGCGCAUCGAAGGAGACACAAUGGAGCAGAUAAGGCCGAAAAUGCUUGCGAGGCCAUACAGUCCGUUGCUAUAUUCGAUCGAUAAGGAAAAGAAACACGUCUCUGUGAAAACAACACGGACAUCACAUUUCUUUGGUGAUAGCGUGAUUAGAUUAUAUAGGGCAUAAGAAGAAUAGCCUUUGUGCGAAACAAACCGAAAAGAUCCAAGAGAGUAGCGGCUAUCGUGUAAGGAGCGUUGCAUACAAAGGACCACAACACGCUGUUACCAUACAAGGAAGAAGCAUGCGCACUGGUGGCAACCGCAUGAAGUAGGAACUGCACUGAAUACCCUCGAGGGUGUAAUUUUGCUCACGCAGAUGACAGUCGUCAUUAUUCAUGUUUGCGGUUACUUUGUUGCUGCGCAGAAGGUGUAGAUAUUAAGGCGCACAACGUCAAAGAAAGGAACUUCGCACAGGAUUGACGAUGAUCGCCGUUGCGGGAUGAAAUUACACCCUAGAUGGUGUGCGUUGAGGCUUACGUCCCGCUAGUAGCGUAGAUAAGCGACACCAGGGGGAUUUGUGUUUCAGGAGAACGGCGUGGAUUCGCAUCAGCUGCUUAGACGCCAUCCACAUCGCAACAAAGUCCAGUGAUAAGUUGUUUGAAUUUUAACUCCUCGAAAGUCGCUCGAUCUGGCGCGCACAAAAAUGGUUUGGUAAAGAAGAAAAAGGCCCGUUCGAGACUUCGUCGUGAAGUAUGGAGCAUAUUCUUAUUAUCUGGUUAAAGCUUUUCUUCGUAAGCUGUUGUAGGUCACGAAAGCGAAAGUUCUCUGUGAAAAACACGGUGAUUUGCAAGGGUACAUGCAUGCAUUAUCCUUUAUCACAGGUGGCAGGAGAGAAAAGACCAGAUCAACGCAGCAAGAAAUGAGGUAAAAGAAAGAAUGGGGACAGUAGAUAACCGAUAUUGAUUGCAUUGCUGGUGCUGAAUACUGUGUUUCCAUAGAUGUACCCAUCCUCGGCUUCACUGCAAAGGCGAAUUAGACCUGUUUAAUGCCACCUACGAUUUCAUUGUAUCACGUUAUGAAGACGUUGUCUGAAAUCUUGUGGAAGCAAGACUGAUAGCCUGAACCUGGGGACCGGUAAGGGACCCCCUUGCGUUCCGCCUCAGAACUGGUGACGCAUACGUGAAAUCUCCAAAAGCGGCUCCGCUUUUUGAAGACCGAUGUUUUGUUGUGAUAAUCGAGUACGAAACACGCACGCAGUGAAUGCGCCAAGUGAAUGUGUUCGACAAAAUGUGCAUUCUACUUCUCCGAAUACGCACACACGCCAUUUGAGAGCCCACUGUCGCGCACAACGUGACCUGCAUUUUAAUCUACUCGUGUCACCGCAUUCACAAUUUUUUCUUCCUCAUCUCCAGAUGUGAUGCCCCCCGCAGGGAGACGCAAUGUAUAAAUCGAAUCCCGGAGCGGUAUUCUCGGUGGGCAACUCUUCGGUAUAUCACUCUCAGAACACGCUGAUUGGUCAAACCAGUGACGUCACGCCUUUCGCUCCAGCGUGACGUCGUCUCGCUCUUCACGUCACGUCACACGACAACGGGUAUGCGGUGCCGUGAUCGAGGACACCACACCGUUGUGUAGCCAGCGCUGUGAAAAGCUGCGCUUUAUUUCUAUUGGCUUAUCUGCAGCAGCAACGUGGACGCUGCGAUUAGAACAACAAAAUUCCGUGCGUGGUGACGUCAAGGGAAUGCUCCCUGUGGUAAAGAGAAUCCCGGAAAGUGCCUGAACGAGAAUACUGCCCGAUUUGCUUGUCGUUUGUUGCACCUUCUCGAUUACCCAUCAGCGUCCGCAGUGUUCGAACACAUUGCAUGUAACGCAACAGAAAAUAUCGAUAAAGUAUAGACUUUCCCAUUCCUGUCGCCUGAAUUUGGCGCUUCUUUAUCACGUUCAGCAGUGGAUGUUGAUGAUGACAAAGUGUGUGAUAAUCAAGACACUUGUAUGGUAUAGUCAUUCAAAGGAUUACGUGUACGUUAAUGUUGACGCAAUAAAUAUAUAUUUCGUGCUUA